AUGACAAAUAUUCUAAAACCAAAACCCAUUUCGUAUUCGUUUCCUGAAACAUGUUCAUCUCCUUCACAAACAGAACCUCCUAAUAUCCCAAAUAACCCUAGUAACAGUGACGAUGCAUGUUCAUCUUUUGACAUUCUAAACUAUGAGUCGUGGGUGUGUCCCCAAGUUCUGAAGCGCCACUCAAUCUUUAUCUCAAAUGAAUCUAUCCUUCCUUUGCUACAAAAGAUUCAGCUGACCCAUCAUUCCUCGCAUGCAAAUGAACUUGCAUGUCUUCCGUGCUCCGAAGAAGAACGUGUGUGUUGGCAGCACACAGAUGAAAAUGAACCACAUUUUAUUUAUAUGUAUGUGUUCCUGUUUGAGAAGUUGUUAAUUUCACUUCCUUUUUCGAAAUUUCAAUGUGACGUUUUGGCUGCCCUAAAUGUUGCUCCUUCACAGCUUCAUCCUAAUACAUGGGGUUUCAUAAGAGCUUUUGAAAUCCUUUGUUCUUGUGUUGGUGUUGAGCCUAGUGCCGAUAAGUUUCUGUAUUUCUUCCAAGUGAAGGUUUCGGGAAAAGUGGGGUGGAUAUCUGCGAGUGGCCGGUCAGGGAGACGGUUGUUGAAUGCUUUUUGUUCUUCCUAUAAGAACUGGAAGAACAUGUUCUUUAAAGUUCGUUCGGGCCUUUUGUUGGACGAAGGGGGAAAUUCUCAAUUUCCCCUUCGAUGGACAACUGAUCCUGUUCCCUUCAAUACCUUUGAGAUUGACCGAUUGGACGAGGUUGAGCGGGAAGAAAUUCAACUGUUGAUCGGUUUACCUGUAUUUCAUUGUGCUAAAUUGAUAGCACUAAAUGAAAAUCGUGACGCUUUAAUGGCUCACUUUUCAGAGAUGACGAGGUUCAAGUUCAAGAAAAAGGACUUGGAGAAAUUCAUUAACGUUAAACCUUCUACAGAUCCGAUUACACGUAAUUCACCUCCUAACCGUACCAUGGCGUCACCUUCAGGAAGCCAGCUUAAGGAAAAGAAGCGAAAAAGAACAUCUGAGGUCCCAGCCGAGCCCGUGCCUCAUAAGCAAACCCGUGUCAACAAGUCACCUGUCCUCCUUGCCAGUGCAGGGAAUGUGCCUUCGGUUGUUCCGGCACCGACCAUUCCAGUACAGAACCUUGAGGCCAUGUGGGAUGAUGCACAUGGGUCUUCAUCAGAGAUUGACAGACCAUGUUUUUCUAAACUUAGGAAGGAGGAUAUGGUUGAGGCAGCUAAGGUAUACCAGCUACGUGCUUUAACUCUUAUAAAAGAGAUGGAACAAGUUAUGAUUUCAGAGGGCUUGGAGAAGCUGACUAACGAGAAUGAAGAGGAUAAGAGGAUUAAAGAGAUUGGAGAUUUGAAACGAAAACUGGAGGUUGCUCACAAAGCUCAAGACAAGCUGAAAAAAGAAUUGGUUGACUUGAACACGAAGCAAGAGAAAUGGCAGAAGGAGAAAAUUGACUUAGAAUCUGCUUUGAAGGAAGAGCGCGAUCUCCUGAAAUCCACUCAGGUAAAUCUGCGUGAUGAGAAAAAUAAGGUCCAGCAGGCCAUGUCUCAGGCAGCCCAUCAGUAUUUGGAAGGUUUUAAUUGUGCUAAGUCUCAAGCCGCCUUCUUGUGCUCGGUUGAUGAAGGAAAAUUAGAUGGCAUGCGCCUUUGGGGUCAGGUAAGGGAUGGCGAAAUCGUAGUUGAUGAUGAGGGAGAUGAGAGUGAGGACAGUGAUGGUCAAGGGGAUGGUUUGGCCUAG